CUGAACAGCAUCACCAUGUCUGUUCGCUACAGCUCAAGCAAACAAUACUCUUCCUCUCGCAGUGGAGGAGGAGGAGGAGGGGGAGGUGGAGGAGGAUCCAUCAAAACGAGCAGCAGAAGCUCCCAUGGUGGAGGAUACAGCUCAGGGGGGGGUUUCAGUGGUGGCUCUUUUAGCCGCGGGAGCUCUGGUGGAGGCUUUGCGUGUUCAUCCGGUGGCUAUGGAGGAGGACUAGGAGGUGGUUUUGGUGGAGGUAGUUUUGGUGGAGGCAGUUUUGGUGGAGGCUAUGGAAGCAGCAGCUUUGGUGGGGGCUACGGAGGAGGUGGUUUUGGAGGGGGCGGCUUUGGAGGUGGGGGCUUUGGAGGUGGGGGCUUCGGUGGAGGCAGCUUUGGAGGAGGCCUUGGUGGUGGAGGAUUUGGAGGAGAUGGUGGCCUUCUCUCUGGAAACGAAAAAGUAACCAUGCAAAAUCUAAAUGACCGCCUGGCUUCCUACUUGGACAAAGUCCGGGCUCUUGAAGAAUCAAACUAUGAGCUAGAAGGCAAAAUCAAGGACUGGUAUGAAAAGAAUGGCAACUCGAGCCAGAAACAGCCUCGCAACUACGACAAAUACUACCAAACCAUUGACGAUCUUAAAAACCAGAUCCUCAGUCUGACAACUGACAACGCCAAUGUCCUGCUUCAGAUCGACAAUGCCAGGCUGGCAGCUGAUGACUUCAGACUGAAGUAUGAGAAUGAGGUGGCCCUGCGUCAGAGCGUAGAUGCCGACAUCAACGGCCUGCGCAGGGUGCUGGACGAGCUGACGCUGACCAAGGCCGACCUGGAGAUGCAGAUCGAGAGCCUGACUGAAGAACUGGCCUACCUGAAGAAGAACCAUGAUGAGGAAAUGAAAGACCUUCAAAACGUGUCCACUGGUGAUGUGAAUGUGGAAAUGAAUGCUGCCCCAGGUGUUGAUCUGACACAACUUCUGAAUAACAUGAGAAACCAGUAUGAAGAACUUGCUGAACAAAACCGUAAAGACGCUGAAGCCUGGUACAAUGAAAAGAGCAAGGAACUGAAUAUAGAAAUCGAUAAUAACAUUGAACAAAUAUCCAGCCAGAAAAAUGAGAUUACUGAACUGAGACGCACCGUUCAAGGUCUGGAGAUCGAACUACAGUCCCAACUAGCCCUGAAACAAUCCCUGGAAGCCUCCUUGGCAGAAACAGAAGGUCGCUACUGCAUGCAGCUCUCCCAGAUUCAAGGCCAGAUCUCCUCUCUGGAGGAACAGCUGCAACAGAUUCGAGCCGAAACCGAGUGCCAGAAUGCAGAGUACCAGCAGCUCCUGGACAUUAAGAUUCGACUGGAGAAUGAAAUUCAAACCUAUCGCAGCCUGCUAGAAGGAGAGGGAGGCUCCGGCGGCGGCGGCGGCGGCGGCUCUUACCGCGGCGGCGGCGGCGGGCGCGGCGGCGGCGGCGGCGGUUCCGGCGGCGGCUACGGCGGCGGUUCCGGCGGCGGCUACGGCGGUGGCGGUUCCGGCGGCGGCUACGGCGGCGGCGGUUCCGGCGGUGGCAGUUCCGGCGGCGGUGGCAGCUACGGUGGCAGUUCCGGCGGCGGCGGCGGCGGCUACGGCGGCGGCAGCUCUGGCGGAGGCCAAAAGUCUUCCGGGUCCGCCGGCGAGUCAACUAAGGGACCAAGGUCAGCAGAAACUACCUGGGAUACUAAUAAAACCAGAGUGAUCAAGACAAUUAUUGAAGAAGUGGCACCUGAUGGUAGAGUCCUUUCGUCUAUGGUUGAAUCAGAAACCAAGAAACACUACUAUUAAGCCACAUCAAGAGGAAGGUGUCUCCCUUCACGCAGGCCAUUUUGUACAGAUGCACGAAAAACAAAAUCUGCAAGAAAGCACUUCAAUCUUAAUGGUCUAUGGAAAUAGGUUCCCUCUUUGAAAAUAAGGUGUCUAAAAGGUGUUUUGUGGUUUCUGUAUUUCUUCUUUUUCACUUUACCAGAAAGUGUUCUUUAAUGGGAAAAAAAAAAUUUCUAUUCUCAUUUACUAAUGAAUUCAAUAAACUUUCUUACUGAU